GGGACCCUAUUUGAGAGUUUUCUCUCUAGCAAAUCCAAGUUUAGACUUUAGACCAAUCAACAUAGUGUGUUAGAAAAAUAAGACGGGCCGAGUUGUUGGAUUGUUAAAAAGGAAUGGCCACCGACGAGUCGCGAGCAGUCGCCGGCCGAGUUUGGCACAGACCCACGCUACCUGAAGCAAUCAAAGAAGACAACUCUUCCUCGAGUUUGGCUGGUGGAUUUCAUCUACUCCUUCAAGCUUGAUUUUCUACCUUCAAUUUCAGCUUCUAAACUUUCAUCAGCGGUUUAGUAUUCUUCCAUGAGUUUCUCCAAUUCUUCUAAAACUGAGAGGAAUAUCACACAAUUUUAUCCUCUCUUCUUAAAGAUUUAAUGUAUUUCAAAUGGCCCUUUCUCUGAGAAAGCUUCAACAGACGCUUACAGCUGUACGCCUCUCAUUUUCGUGGGCUGAGAGUGAUGAUAAACUUGUCCGCGUCUUCGCCCGCAGUAGACAGACUUCCGGUAUAGGAAGACAUGUAUCUUACAUGCUGCUUGCCCGGCCUCUUUAUCACCUGAUUUAUAUCGGUAAUCGCAGUUGUAUCUAUUACAAUCAUUAUAAAGUUCCAUUUGAUUAUGAAAGUGCCUCAGAAUCGUAUAAUUCUAUCCAUUUUAGUCCAAUAGUGAAAUUUAUGGAUCUGAAGUACAGAGGGUUUUGUAGUAGCGCAGAUUCUGAAUCCGAGUUAAAUAAUUCUGAUGAGGAUGGAAGUGAAAAUGAAAAGGGACAAAACCCAAGUGAGGUUGAUAGGGUGUGUAAGGUGAUUGAUGAAUUGUUCUCACUAGACCGAAACAUGGAGGCGGUUUUGGAUCAAUGUGGGAUUAGUUUGACCCAUGAUUUGGUCACAGGUGUGUUGGAGAGGUUCAAACAUGCCAGAAGACCUGCUUUUCGGUUCUUCUGUUGGGCUUCCCAGAGGCCAGGGUAUGCUCAUGAUUCGAAAACGUAUAAUUCACUGAUGGCAAUACUCGGAAAGAAUAGGCAGUUUGAGACUAUGCUUUCAGUUCUUGAAGAAAUGGGUGAGAAGGGCUUACUCACUAUGGAAACCUUUGUGAUCGCAAUGAGGACAUUUGCCGCUGCAAAAGAGAGGAAGAAAGCUGUCGGGAUUUUUGAAUUGAUGAAAAAGUACAAGUUUGAAGCAGGAGUUGAGACCAUCAAUUGCUUGCUUGAUGCUUUGGGAAGGGCGAAGCUUGCAAAGGAAGCCCAUGUUUUAUUUGAGAAGUUGGAGCAUAGGUUCACACCGAACUUGCAGACAUACACAGUAUUGCUCAACGGUUGGUGUACGGUCAAGAACUUGAUGGAGGCUGGGAAGGUAUGGAAUGAGAUGGUAGACAAGGGUUUCAAGCCCGAUAUCGUUACACAUAGUAUAAUGCUAGAAGGGUUAUUGAGGGGUAACAAAAGGUCCGAUGCAAUUAAACUCUUUGAGGUCAUGAAGUCAAAGGGCCCACCCCCUAAUGCAAAAACCUACACAAUUUUGAUAAGAUACCUUUGCAAACAUAGGAAUAUGGACGAGGCGAUCAAUUACUUCGAUGAAAUGCUAAGUACGGGAUGUGGACCCGAUGUUGCGAUCUACACAUGUUUGAUCACGGGGUUUGGCAAUAUAAAGAAGAUGGACAAAGUCUAUGGGUUGUUGACGGAGAUGCGUGAGAACGGGUGUCCGCCUGAUGCCCAAUUAUACAAUGCGUUGAUCAAAUUGAUGACAAACCGGCGAAUGCCAGAUGACGCAGUGAGGGUAUAUAAGAAGAUGAUCCAAAACGGGCUUCAACCUACAAUUCACACAUAUAACAUGCUGAUGAAAUGUUUCUUUAUGACAAAGAAUCAUGACCUUGGGUUUGCAGUCUGGGAGGAGAUGAGGUUAAAGGGGUGUUGUCCCGAUGUGAACACUUAUACUGUUUUCAUUGGUGGGCUUAUAAGGGAGGGUCGGUCAACUGAGGCCUGUGAAUACUUGGAGGAAAUGAUAGGGAAAGGAAUGAGAGCUCCACAACUUGACUACAAUAAAUUUGUGGCUGAUUUUAGCCGAGCUGGUAAUCCAGAUAUAUUGGAGGAGUUAUCUCAGAGGAUGAAAAUCCAUGGGAAGUUUGAGAUAUCAAAUCUAUUUUCAAGAUGGGCUGAGAUGAUGAAGACUAGAGUAAGGAGAAGAACAAACCACCCUAUUCACUAACAAAUGCCUUGUUAAGUUGUUGUAGAAAGAUUCAUCCUGAGCUACGACUCAUUGUUUGAUUUUUACUUCACUUGUAUAAUGGAGGCAGAACGGGCACGUCAUAAGAGGCUGCCCGUUUGAUUUUUGGGUGGGGCUGGGAAGGUUUUGGAGGGUUCCCAUUUUGUUCUGAUAAUACAAACCGCCACAUUCUCCCAUUAAUUUUAUCUUUGAGAGUGAUAAGAUUAAUUCUUGGUUACCAACUUGUUCUUUGGAGCUGCAUCACCAACUUAUAGAAUUGUUUCAAUACUUAUUGGUGAGAAUGGCAAUGAGAUGCAUUUCUAUUAUUAUUACUAUCAUCAUCAUCAUCAUCAUCACCUAACUUUAACAAGUAUUGUCAAUCAUGCGCAGUAGUGUGGAAUAGCCGAGCGGCCGCUACCAGGUCUCCGCAGCGAGGUGAGCGAGCGGUUGGUAAGUUGGUUAUUGCAGCCAUAGCAGAUUAGAUAUUGCCUCAACCCUAAUUUCUUUUCUGCACUAUGAUUAGGUUUUUUGGGGUUAAUUGUUGCUCAUAUGGUAUUUUGGGGCUAAAGUUGAGCCCUUUUAUAACAUGUCAGAAGUCUUCUGCGUUGAAAAAAACUCUAUUCAGAUGUCAAUCUUUUUUGGCAACUCAUGAGUGAUCCUUCUCGAGCUUUUUGUGACCUCCGGUUACCUUGCCUGAACAUGGAGACUAAAAGGAAAUAUACCAGUUUCUUCUUCUGGCCUGUUUAAGCCCAGUGGUGAGAAUCUUAAUCCUGUUUGCAGUGUGAAAUAGUUUGAAAAUCAUGACAAGAAGACCGUUGCAUGUGGCUUAAGUGAAUAUGAUGAUUGAUGAAUGUCAUCCAGGAAAUUGUGUUUGAUUAUAUCAUCCUUUUAAAUUCACUUUUAACAUAUUUAUAUAUUUUGUUUUAACAUUAAUGCCUUUUUUUAAUUAGUGAUUUCAGUAAAACCCGUUUUGUGGCUUAUUAAGUAUUAACCUGAUCACUAUCAACUAUAUUUCCAUAACACUAAGUGGCUGCUUACUAAUAAUGAAGCUUUCUGUUUUUAUGGAAAACUGAAAACAUGUUUACUAAUUCUGUUUUUCAGAUUUAGAAAUGUCAACACAUUUUCUUCACCACUCUACAACAACAACAUCCAAGAUUCCAAGCCUUAGUCCCAAAAGAGUUUGGGGUCAGCUUCUUCACCACUUCUAAAAUAGAAAAACAGUAUUCCAAAGUAGAAAAAACAGUUUUCUAAAGUAACAUGUUACCUAGAGACCCUAGAGUCAUUAUGAUGGCAACAAAUACCACGUUUCAACUAAUGAUAGUACGUACAACAAUAAGUGACCUUAUUGCCAUUGUUAAUGGCAAUAUGAUAAAAGUGUUAUUUGCGUAUAAAUUUUUUACGCCCAAAUGUGAAAGCAAAAGAAUCUUACAAUAAGUAUUAGUAGAUGCUAUUUCUGUGGACGCUAAUGAAAAGGUUUUAACGUUUUAUUAGUAAUAAAACAUAAAAAGGAAAUGCUAGAUAGCUGUUUCCCCAAAGAGGAAUUGUGCUCUCUGUGAGAUACAAGGGAGGGGACAGUAGAAAUCAAAUCGACAACAAAGUUGAAGGAUUCCGAGGCAAUGUAUGACUUCUCAGUUAGUGCUGCAAUCGGUACUAGGCGAGUUUGGCUUCCCGAUUGAUCUAGACUUUCUAAGCCAAUACCACUUUGUUCUCAAUCCGUUCUCCUAUUCACUUCCAGCGCACCUUCUUCCGGUAUCCCCUUUUUCAUAUACCAUGUUUUUUCAGUUUUUUAUGACAUGAUUUCUAUUGCCUUUCGGUUCUUGUUAAUCAAAUUUUUGGAUGGGUGUUUAUGCGGCUGAAUUGUCAUUUGUCAAUGGGAAAAUGUACAAAUAUACCCCUCUAGUAUGGGUGUGAGAACAAAUACACCCAUGUUCUAUUUUUCGGAACAAAUAAACCCCUAAAGUAUAUGUUGAAGUACAUAUAUACCCCUCAUGUAAAACUUUUGAAAAAUGCAAAAGUACCCCUCAUGUUAUAAAGUAUGGGGUAGCAAAAAUACCCCUAUUGACUUUAGAUAAAUAAAAUAAAUAUAAAAAAAAUACCAAAAAUAAAUUAUAAAUUCGAAAUUUAAAAAUUAAUAUUUAUUAUUAGGUUAAAAUAUUCACUCUUUAAUUUUCAAUUGCAAAAUUAUUAUUUUUUUCGUUGUAAAUGAAUCACUUCAAAUUCAUUAAUUUUAGUUUUAGUCUUGUUACGGAAUUUUGUACACGUAACAUUUUCUAAAAUAACAUUCUUUGAUUUUGUUUAACCUUAAUAAAAUUAGAUUCACUAUAUUAUAAUCUUGGACUAUUUAUCAUCAUCCAAAAUAUGUAAUUUUAUAGUGCAAAGAAUGAAAAAAAUUAAUAUUUUUUUACAUUGCAACACAUAUUUUAACACUUUUUCGAAAGAAUCUUAAAUAUAUAAUAAAGUUUUGAAAUAAUAUUUUAUACUAACAAUAUUAAAUUGUGAUAUAAAACAAUAAAAGGGAGAAUUGGACACAAGUAUAUUUUUUAUUUUUUUAUUUUCUAAUUUAUAAUUUAUUGGUGUUUUUUGAAGUUUAUAUUAUCAAUUUAAAGUCAAUAAGGUUAAAUUUGCUCUUUUAUAUGAAUAUAAAGAGUAUUUUUGCACAUUUUAAAAGUUUAGGGGUACAUAUGCACUUCCACACAUACUUCAGGAGUAUAUUUGUUUAGAAAAAUAGAACAUGAGUAUAUUCGUUCUCACACUCAUACUACAGGGGUAUAUUUGUACCCGUUCCCUUUGCCAAUUGUAUGUCACAAGGGGUUUCUGGUAAUAUAUUUUUGGAUUUUGAUUCUUUUCCUAUUUUGAUAUGCCUUAUUUGAGAAUUCUAGAAUUUUUUGUUCCUUUUUAAGGAAGGGGAAUAUUAAUUUGUUCACAGUCAACAGCUGUGUUAAACAGAUAGAAAAACUUAACAAGAAGAUUUUACCACACUAGUAUUGACAUUCUCGUACCAUCUCGAUCCCAAACUGUACCUACUAUAUGUAUUAUGUACCGACAGAAUAUGAUAUAAUAUGUGAAAUGAAGGUAUGCUCUACUAUAUGUCAUAGAAAAGGUCAGUACACAAUUCUCGAGAUUCAUAUUUAUUCCUGAUACUAAUUUUACCUAAAACCAUAUUCUUUCCUAAUUGGUUGUCUUGUUCUCGUAUUGCAGGGAUUUCCAACGGAAGCACAACCAUCUAAACUUGCAACUAGCAAAGGCUCUGCAAACAGAUACUUUUAUUUAGAUAAAUUGGCCGAGGGACUGAGGGUUGACUUGUUUGAUAACUUUUGAUGGUUUACUCGUUCGUCACUUUCUCAUUAUAUUAGUAGAGUGAAUUCCCUAAAUAGGACUAAAAAGUGGCAAAAUUGCACAAAUAGGACUACAUUUUUUAAAUUCCCUAAAUAGGACUAUUUAUGUGUGUUUGGACAAAUAUACCCUUGUAACUUGUGAAAUGUUUUAAUUAAUAAUAAAAUCAUAAAAAUAAUAAUAAAAAUCGAAAAAAAUACUAAAAAUCAUAAAAAAAUAAUAGAAAAUUAAUAAAAAUAUUUUUUUAAAAAAAUAAAUUUUUUUUUUUAAAAAAUUAAAAAAAAUAAAAAAAAUCGUAAAAUUAAAAAAAAAAACAUUACCACCCCUGCCACCCCCAGCACCACUAGCUCCCAUCACCGGAGAAAAAUAUGCCAACAUUUUAAAUUAUGCCAUAAUGAUGGCAUAUUCAAUGAAAAUGUUGGCAUAUUGAAGAGUAAUUAUGCCAUCUUUUUGGCAUUUUCAGAAAAAGAUGGCAUUUUUUUACCAAAAGUGGAAGAAAUUUCACCAAUCGGAGGUGGUGGUGGUGGGAGGCGGCAGGAGGCGGUGGGAAAGGUAUCCAUAAUUUUUUUCAUUUUUUUAUGGGUUUUUACUAUUUUUUAUUAUUUUUUAAAAAAAAUUAAAAAAAUAAAAAAUUAAAUUUUUUAUUUUAUAAAUUUUUUAUAAAUUUUUAUAAUUUUUUUACGUUUUUUAAAUAUUUUUUACGUUUUUUUAUGAUUUUAUUAUGAAUUAAAGCAUUUCAUUAGGAAUUAAUACUCUUAGGGGUAUUUAGGGUAGAAAAUCAAUGUUUAGUCCUAUUUAGGGAAUUUAAAAAGUAGUAGUCCUAUUUGUGCUUUUAAGGAACUCAUUAGUCCUAUUUAGGACAAUUUCCGAUAUUAGUAUGGGCUGUGUUGUAGCUUUUCCCUUUCAUCAAACUCAGCUCACUGCAGUAAAUUUCAAACUUGAUUCGCCGGAGCCUGGGGGGUAGAACUGCUAUCUUGUGAGAUUCAUUUCAUUUUCUUGAUGCAUUUAUUUACUUUUCUCAAAUGUCCUCUUAAGUUUAGGCUGAGGAGCUAAACAAGGAGAUAUUUGAUAACUGUCACUCAAAUUCCAAAUUAGAUCAAAUGAAUCUAAAAGUAAUUUUCUGGAUCCAUUUUUUUGUACAUAUUGUUCUCUUAUCACGUAUAUGCAUCCUAGCUAGUUAAUAGCUUCUCGUAUUACAAAUUUGUGUUUGUUA